CCAAACAUCGACGAUCAGGGCGAAAUAUGCUUAAAUCUGUUCAGUGAAUGGGCCGAAACCAAUACUCUGGAGGACUGUGUUCAGGGAUUGCUGUUUUUACUGUACAAUCCAAAUCUAGGGGACCCGUUAAAUCCUCUCUUCGAUCCGGAAUACGACACCGAUUUUGAAGUGUUCGCUGAGAACGUACGAUUGUCUUUAUUGGGAGGUUCUAUCGAGGGGUGCGACUUUGAGAGAAAUCUGGUGCUUGAAGGAAGCAGCAUUGGCGAGAAAUCAACUGGUGAUCAAGUUCAGGAAGACCUGCAAGCCACGGAAGGUGAAGAAGCGGUUUAGAAUGUUGAUGAUGAGGAAUUAAUCGAGAUCCAAGUGGUGGAUGAUGAAAUCGAUUCAAGCGAAGAGGUACCUUCGCCACCUAACACCUGCGGCACAGAUCACGCAACUGAAUGUCAUACCGAUUUAAAUGUAACCAAGAAAUCGGAGGAGACAACUGACUGUAUUUCAGGAAAAAUCAAUCUACACAGAACUGAAGAGGAACUUGUUGUUUCAGUAGAGGUCGAACCACGUUGAAGAAAAGGGAUAACAAAAAAUUAAACUUUUCCGACUUUAGCGCAUGUAAAUGUUGUAGUGUACUUAUGUCUUGGAAAUCGUCAAUGAUAUGGUUGCAAAAGUUUCACUCAAGAAUGUCGGAGAUGUCGAUGCGAUUGUAUCGGCUCCUGGUGUUUCCAUGACAACGUAUAUGCGGUUGUGUCGCCGAAUACUUGGCCAAGAUAUGCUGUUUUGUAAACAAGUAUGUUAGAAAUUUACUUUCAGUAACUUUUACGUCAGCUGUCUUGUACAAAACAUUCAUGUGCUCCUGGUAAUUUUAUAUUUUGAGGUAAAGCUUUAGUAAUAAAGAAAAAAACUAGUAGAUAGUGUCCUUCAGAGUGUUUUUUAAAGAUUGUGUAAGAAGUAGUGGUCUGGUUUUACAGAGUCUGCGGGAACACAAUGCUGGCAUUUUGGCCAGAUUCCCAAAAUAAACUAGCCGUUGAUCUUUAAUGUGUUCGUUGGAGGAAAUGUCCAACCUAGUUUGAUCACGGCCAAGAUCUUAGAUUAUGCCCAGAACUUGCUAUUUGCUCUGGAAAAUGUCCCUCGAGUGAACAGUUCGACAUUUUGUAAGAGAUAAAAUAAUUAGGUGAGACCUUGGAAUCUUGCCAGCGUAGGCUUUGAAAGAUAUGCCCAAGGAGUUUACAGACUUUAAGAAGUUCCCAGAUUGUUCUGUAGUAUUUCACUGGCUGACUCAGUGAUUUGCUUGUGCCUUUUUCUGACCAAUAAUGUGCUUAAAUCGAUGAAUAAAACACGGAAUCAGUCAUAUCACACUGCCCAUAGAUUACUUUUAUGAUGUCCAGCUACAGCACCAUUAAGAGAUGUACCAGUUGGAACCAUACAGAUUUAAUUUUCUCUGUUUUCAAUGUUGUGAUAGAAUAUUUACUAUUCUAUCACAACAUUGCCUGUUUUUAUUGAUGAUCAAUUAUCCAAACAAUUAUUGUUUUUGUCUAGUUCAUUCACACAAUUCAGUAAGGGCUGUCCUGGGGAAGGCCAUGAUGUAAACAAGAUAUUUUUUUUCCUUUUGUGUAAUAGGUUGGAGUUAAAAUAAAGGAAGUCAGGUUGAAA